CCUGUGUAUCCACCCAAAGCAACAGAGAGGUUGCCAUGGCUUUUUCCAGCUACACUGCUGUGUUCAGAUCACUGGUUUUGGUGCUGGUUCUAGCACUCACUGUAAGUUCCAGAAAGGCCAGUGCCUCUGUGAGGCUGAGUGAAGAUUGCCUGAACCAAAAGGAUCUCAAAUUCCCCACAGCAGUGGAAGUCAACAUUCGUAUCAGCAAGUCACAUCAUGCCUUUAGGAUGGUCCAUGAUGUCAGGAACCGAUCUCUCGCUCCUUGGGAUUACAGGCUCGACAAGGAUCCCAACCGCUUCCCCCAGGUGAUUGCUGAUGCCCAGUGCCGCCUCUCUGGCUGUGUGAGCCCCCUGGGGCAGGAGGACCACAGCCUCAACUCCGUCCCCAUCAAGCAGGAGAUCCUGGUCCUGCGGCGGGAGCAGCAGGGCUGCCGGCCCACCUACCGCCUGGAGAAGAAGGUCAUCACCGUGGGCUGCACCUGUGUCACUCCAGUCAUCCACCACCACUCCUAG